UUGGAUUUAGUCCGCCAUAAAACCCACAGAAGAAGAAGAACCGUUGACGUUUUAAACAGACUUGCAUGUCGUUUUAUACGUUUCUCUUUAUGACCUUCUCAUUUGAUGAGACUGGCUUUUCUUUAACGUUUUGACAUGUAAAUAUUAUAAUUUCUCUUAUUAAGAUAAUAUAUAAAUGCAUAGUGGAAUUAUAUAGAUCAAGUACUUUUUUCUCAGUGGAUGCAUUUCCCCCGAACACUUCCCCCGACACGAAAGCUGAUGCAAGUCAAUGAGUGGAUUGGCAGCGGUUUCAAACAAAUCUGAACAGUCUUGACCAGGUUGAAGAUGACAGACUGUCAGGGAGACGGGGCAGGGGAUAUGACCCCAAUGGACCUAUAUGAGAAACUAACAUCACAAGGAGAGACAGUCCGAACUCUGAAAACGGAAAAGGCUGCAAAAGCUGAUAUUGAUGCUGCUGUACAGUUGCUGCUGAAGCUCAAAGUUGACUACAAGCAGGUAACGGGUCAGGACUAUAAGACUGGAUGUCCACCCUCAGAAAGCGCCAUUUCACAAGACAAUGGGCCAGCAGCAGCUGCUGAUGGGGAAGACAUGGUUGACCCCUGGAAUGUGUCCACCUCCAGCGCCAAAGGAGUGGACUAUGACAAGCUGAUAGUGAGGUUUGGCAGUAGCAAGAUUGACCAGGAGCUGGUGGACAGAAUAGAGAGCGUCUCGGGACAGAAAGCACACCGAUUUUUACGUCGAGGAAUCUUCUUCUCUCACAGAGAUAUGCACCAGGUUCUGGAUGCAUAUGAGAAGAACAAGUCUUUCUACCUCUACACGGGCAGAGGACCCUCCUCAGAGGCCAUGCACGUGGGUCACCUCAUCCCUUUCAUCUUCACAAAGUGGCUGCAGGACACGUUUGACAUCCCGCUGGUGAUCCAGCUGACAGACGAUGAGAAGUACCUGUGGAAGGACCUGUCCCUGGAGGACUGUCACCGCUACGCCGUGGAGAACGCCAAGGACAUCAUCGCCUGUGGCUUCAACGUCAACAAGACCUUCAUUUUCUCUGACCUGGACUACAUGGGGGCGUCCCCAGACUUCUACAGGAAUGUGGUGAAAAUACAGAAGCAUGUGACUUUCAACCAGGUCAAAGGCAUUUUUGGAUUUGGUGACAGUGACUGCAUCGGAAAGAUCGCCUUCCCAGCCAUCCAGGCCGCUCCAUCGUUCAGUAACUCUUUCCCUCAGAUCUUCAAGGGCAGAAAAGACGUCCAGUGUCUCAUUCCCUGCGCCAUAGACCAGGACCCCUACUUCCGGAUGACCCGGGAUGUGGCACCCAGGAUCGGCUACCCCAAGCCUGCCCUGCUGCACUCAACCUUCUUCCCCGCGCUGCAGGGGGCCCAGACCAAGAUGUCCGCCAGCGACGCCAACUCCUCCAUCUUCCUCACAGACACGCCCAAGCAGAUCAAAAAUAAGGUGAACAAGCACGCCUUCUCCGGGGGAAAGGACACGGUAGAGGAGCACCGGAAAUAUGGCGGCAACCCCGACGUGGAUGUGUCCUUCAUGUACCUGACCUUCUUCCUGGAGGACGAUGAGCAGCUGGAGAAAAUCCGACAGGACUACGCCAGUGGAGCGCUGCUUACCGGCGAGUUGAAGAAGAGUCUGAUAGAGACCCUGCAGCCAAUCAUCACAGCCCAUCAGGAGAGACGCAAGCAGGUCACAGAAGAGACAGUCAAGCAGUUCAUGACCCCGAGACCUCUUGAUUUCAAUUUCUAGCCAGUGCGCAGCGUUUUAAUCAUGUGCUAAGUCUCAACGCAAUGUUGGAGGUCGUCCAUGUCGAAACUCAGCAGGGCUGCGUUCAGCAGGGCACAAGUUGUGAAACGUUCAGAUAUAAAUAUUUUUUGUAGAACAGAUAUGCCUCUGACGUGUAGCAUAAAGGAAUCGUGUCUGAUCUAUUCACUGCAUUUCUAUCUGCAACAUUCCACAACCUUUACCUACUGAAUGUGACAGGUCUUGACAUGCAGCAUGCCUACACGCAGCUGGUACAAGGUGAUGCCAGAAACAUUAACUUAAAUGUGUCAACUACAUCUCCCUAUGCUGCACAGUUCAUGUCUAAUUAUUAACCAACUAUAUGGCUUCACAUCAAGCUUACUAAGCAUGGUCAAAGAAGGAAGUCUUAACACCAAUACUAUUGGAUUAAUAAAAUAACCUUGGUCUUGUGA